AUGCAGCUCCCGCGCCUCCUCCCGCUGCUCUGGACACUUCCAACGCUGCUGCUGCUGCUGCUGCUGCCGCCGCCGCCGUGUCAUCCGGCCCCCGGCCCCUUGACCCAGUCGGGCUCCCGGAGACUGGGGACCCGCGGGCCCGCGGGCAGCCCCGCACCCGCGGCGUCUCCUCCGGCGCCGUACUCGGCAGGUGUUUGCAAGAGCAGGCCCUUGGACUUGGUGUUUAUCAUCGAUAGUUCUCGCAGCGUCCGGCCCGAGGAGUUCACGAAGGUGAAAACCUUCGUGUCGCGGAUCAUCGACACCCUGGACAUCGGGGAGACCGAGACGCGUGUGGCGGUGGUGAACUAUGCGAGCACCGUGAAGAUCGAGUUCCAGCUCCAGACCCACUCGGACAAGCAGUCCCUGAAGCAGGCCGUGGCUCGGAUCACGCCCCUCUCCACUGGCACCAUGUCGGGGCUGGCCAUCCAGACAGCCAUGGAGGAAGCUUUCACGGUACAGGCUGGAGCCCGGGGACCCGCUGCCAACAUCCCCAAGGUGGCCAUCAUCGUGACAGACGGUAGACCCCAGGACCAGGUCAACGAGGUGGCGGCUCGGGCCCGGGCCUCCGGCAUUGAGCUCUAUGCUGUGGGUGUAGACCGGGCAGACAGGGAGUCGCUUAGGAUGAUGGCUAGCAAACCCUUGGAGGAGCACGUGUUCUACGUGGAAACCUACGGGGUCAUUGAGAAACUUUCCUCCAGAUUCCAGAAAACCUUCUGUGCUGUGGACCCGUGUGUGCUGGGCACUCACCAGUGCCAGCAUGUGUGUAUCAGCGAAGGGGAAGGCCGGCACCACUGCGAGUGCAGCCAAGGAUACACCCUGAAUGCCGACAGGAAAACGUGCUCAGCUGUGGACCCGUGUGUGCUGGGCACUCACCAGUGCCAGCACGUGUGUAUCAGCGACGGGGAAGGCCGGCACCACUGCGAGUGCAGCCAAGGAUACACCCUGAAUGCCGACAGGAAAACGUGCUCAGCUAUUGAUAAGUGUGCCCGCAACACUCACGGCUGUGAACACAUCUGUGUGAAUGACAGAACUGGCUCUUACCAUUGUGAGUGCUACAACGGUUACACCCUGAAUGCAGACAGGAAAACUUGCUCGGCUCAAGAUAAGUGUGCUGCUGGAACUCAUGGGUGCCAGCACCUUUGUGUGAAUGACAGAGACGGGUCCCAUCACUGCGAGUGCUAUGAGGGCUACACUCUCAAUGCAGAUAAGAAGACGUGUUCAGUGCGAGACAAGUGUGCUCUGGGCACUCACGGUUGCCAGCAUGUCUGUGUGAGCGAUGGCACGGCGUCCUACCGCUGCGAAUGCUUUCCUGGCUACUCCUUGAAUGAAGACCAGAAGACGUGUUCAGCUGUUGAAGAAGUUCGGAGUCCCAUUUCCAUGGAAGAUGCCUGUGGAUGUGAAGCCACAGUGGCGUUCCAGGAGAAGGUUAGCUCAUAUCUUCAGAGACUCAACACCAAGCAUAUCCUUUCUGGAAAGUUUUAUGCUUCUGCUUGA